UUUACAUUGAUAAUAGCGGCAAAACGGAUCUACAUUUACAUUAUCUCACAGAAUGCAGACACUGAAUGCAGCAGGAAACAGUGAAGAAAUGUGGACUAGUGUGUUUCUAGUUUGUGUGACGGGUGUGUUUGGUGUUGAUGCAGAUGAAGGGAAGUCAGUGUCAGUGAUGGAGGGAGAUUCUGUCACUCUACACACUGAUCUUACUCACAUACAGAAAGGCGAACAGAUACUGUGGCAGUUUGGACCUCAAGAGACUCGUAUAGCCGAGAUCCAUACAAAAAGGGUUAAAAUGUAUAACACUUAUGAGACGUUCGGAGGCAGCCUGAAGCUGGACAGUCAGACUGGAUCUCUCGUCAUCACAAACAUCAGAUUGACAGACUCUGGACUUUAUAAACUACAGAUCAUCAGUAACAGAGGGACUAUGUACAAGAGAUUCAAUGUUACCGUCUAUGCUCGUCUGCCUGUUCCUGUGAUCAUCAGAGACUCUUCACAAUGUUCUUCAUCAUCAGAAAGAUCUUCAGCAUCAAAAUGUGUGUUGUUGUGUUCAGUGAUGAAUGUGACACAUGUGAGUCUCUCCUGGUACAAAGGAAACAGUUUAUUGUCCAACAUCAGUGUGUAUGAUCUCAACAUCAGACUCUCUCUACCUCUGGAGGUGGAACAUCACGAUACAAACACAUACAGAUGUGUGGUGUCCAAUCCAGUCAGCAACCAGACUCAACAUCUAGACAUCAAUGAUGUCUGUCAGAUGUGUUCAGACUCUCAGCAAGUCAAUUCAUUUCGUCAUGUGGUGAUUCUUCUGUCGGUUGUGAUGUUUGUGAUUUGUGCUGUGUGCUGUUGUCUGCACAGUAAAGACCAAAGAAGACCUGAGAAUGAAACGGUGAGAGAUGAGAAGAACAUGUCAGAAUACAUAGAUCUGUCACGUGAAGACUCUAGAUGAUCUCUGUCACAGAAAUUACAUCAGCGUAUGGAAAAACCCAUGAGAUCUGUG